UCACUUAUAGUUUGCGAUCAGUGCAGUUGAUAAAUGGAGGAUUUGUGUUUGUCAAGGUAGUUUUGUUUACGCGUAAAUUUUCAUUCGGUAUCAACACAUCGUGCGUUUUGUGUGUGCUAAGAGGUAGAUGAAGGUGCGUAACAGUUUCCUUCGGGUUUCGUAUUAAAUUUCAAAGGAUUUAACAUGUCUCGCAAUCAUAAAGACAAGUAUGAAAACUCCGCCCAACGUCGUUCACAUACUCUUAUGUCUACGGAGGAUGCAAACUCUGGAAAGAAAUCGUAUUGGCCAGAAUUGGAGAUAACAGGCAGUAUAAGAAAUUUAAGCCCAAAUUUAUGGCAAAUGACUCAUCUAACGGCUUUGUAUCUCAAUGAUAAUAGUUUACAAAGGAUACCAUCUGAGAUCGGACGUUUAGUCAACUUACGUACUUUAGAUCUCAGUAGCAAUAAAUUACGGAGUUUGCCAGCUGAACUGGGGGACCUCAUCUACCUCAGAGAAUUGUUGUUAAACCAAAAUUACCUCCGAGUGUUACCAUAUGAACUAGGAAAAUUGUUCCAAUUACAAGUGCUAGGACUUCAGGGAAAUCCACUUAGCAAGGAAAUAAUGGCGUUAUAUGGAGAACCAUCUGGGACUCACAAGCUGCUGUCAUAUAUGCUGGACAAUUUACAAGGUAAGCUUUUUAGAACAGGGUUACUAAUGAUUGUAUUCGUUCUCGAAGAGAGAUCGAUGGUGAGUAAGCAAUUCUCAUAGUUAUGUACGAUUCGAAAAGAAAUAGAUAAACAAUCACGUUGUUAAUUACAUUAUUUCUGCUACUGUUAGUUCUUUUGGAAACUUCGAGUUAUCUCAUUAUUCCUCUAUUCUCUUUACUAAUUUGAACCUUAUGUCGAUUCUAUUAAUCG